AUGGUAUUUUAUAUUUCCUCAAAGGAUAACCAAAUAAAUGACUUCGUUAUAACUAGAUCAGUAAGUUCCAAGAGAGAUUACAUCGACGGGGUCAAAAAGGGCGAUCCGGAGUGUAGAAGAAGCGAAGUCAACGCUUUGGACAUAAGGAACGGUUUUGACAUCGCCAAGGGUUUGGACAUCAGUAACGUUUUGCACAUUGGUAACGGUUUCCAAGUCGGUAACAGAAUCGAAGUUGCUAACGGAGUCGACCUUACAAGUGACACCCAUCCUGGUAGAGGCAUCCCCACUAACAAAGGCCCCUCCCUCCAGGGAAACUGCAUCGACCCAGGGAAAAACCACAGAGACAUCGAGCCGAACUUUUUUAAUCUUAAAAAUGGUGUAAACAACUCGGUUGACGACUUUGGCUUGUUCAUAAAAUUAAAAGACAUUAACGGCUUGUCAAACGACAACAUCCACGAAAUUAAUGAGCUUUUGAAGAAGGAGAAACAGAAGGACAAAGAGAAAGAGCGAGAAAAGAGACCCAGUGCUGAGUCCAAGGAUUCCAGUUACAAGAAGAAACAGGAAUACCAGGAGGCAGAUAGCGAGAAGGAAGAGGCAGGACAGAAACAACACAAGACAAAAACAUUUGCUGCAUCACAGGACCUGCUACUGCAAUAUCAUCACCACCUCCAACAACAGCACCAGAAACAGAAGCAGAAGAGACAGAUACGAAAACAAAGACAGAAGCGGCAGCAGACAGGGGAGGACGAUCAGGAGGAAUCCAUUUACGUGAGGAAGUACAACAAAAGGAGGGAGAGAAAAAUCGAACUCUACACGGAGUGGAGCGGCUCACGCGCGGGGAGUAGAGCUAUAUGUGAUAAUAGCUCCAUACUAGAGAGCAGUGGCGCGCGAGACGGAGGAAGCGUAUUUGAGGAUUGCAACCCUCGUGGUAGUAGCGGCCAACGUGAUAGCGGCACCCCACGUGAGAGCGGCAUUCCACGUGAUAGCGGCAACCUACGUGAGAGCGGCAAUCCACGUGAUAGCGGCAACCUACGUGAGAGCGGCAAUCCACGUGAGAACAUCGGGCUGCGGGACAGCUCCUGCCUGCGCAACAUCGACUACAGCCUUUGGAACAGAAUAGGAGAGCGCAGCCUAAAUCAAGCACUGAUACAUAGAGGAGUCACAGCUGAGAAGAAAAAGAGAAAAUACAACGAAAUGAAUAACAACACGGACGUUCUUGUGAAUACUGGAAGUAACAACACCUGCGGAGUCAGAGGUGGAGGAAACAUUAGGGGGGCUGGGAGCAUGCGGGGCAGCAGCACGAGAGGCAGUGGUAUGAGGGGAAGUGGCAUGAGAGGAAGUGGAGUCAGAGGUAGCAGCAUCAGAAGCAACAGCGUCAGGAGUAACAGUGUCCGAAGCAACAAUGCCAGGACUGCUGGAAUCAAAAACGGAAACAAUGCCAACCACAAAAGUAACAACAAUGAGUACUACUCCAGUUACAACUACCGAUAUGCUUAUGAGGAUGGCAGACAGAGGGAAAUGCUAAUUGGAGAAGAAAAUACUAACAUGAAAAGACAAUACAACAAUGUCAUUAACGAAUUUGACCACAUCGAAAUUGUAAAUAACAUGUCUGAUGAUGAGAAGAACGGGCAGAUAGAGGAACAGAUAAAGGAACUGGAGGAACUGGACAUUUUAGAAAGGCGCAGGGAUGGAAAGCUAAAUGGGGGUUUCUUACAAACGGUGAAGAAAGAGGACGAGAAAUUUAAAAAAAUCGAAAGAGGAGAUGGAACCGCCGCAUCAGUAACAAUGACCCAAACAGGAGGAGUCAUCGAUAGAACACGCUUAACUAAUCAUGAAAGCCAUUGCUACGAUCAGUAUCCGCAACAUAAUUUCCUCAAACCCGCUCAUGGCAAUCACCAUCACGUGAAUCGAGACCCCAGCAAAGACCGAAGCGAAGUAAUAACCGAAUUAAGCAGAGCGCAGUUGUGCCAAGCCAAGUCGGAAAAUACCAAUGGGGAAGAACCCAAACGAUUUAUCGACGCCAGUGCGUUCAAAAUGGCGUACGUCCCUAAUAACUCCGGUGGUAAUAACGAUGCGGGUAACAAUGGGCAUAUCAGUAACGAUCCCAACAGUCGCAAUGUUUACAACGAGGGGAUCAACCAUCCGGUGAACGAUACAGUCAACGAUACGACCAACGUUAAGGGAGGAAGGCUGCUAAGAAAUCUGCACAAGAACAACCUUCUUGUUGAUCACAGAGGAGGGGUUAACAGAGUGUCCAAGAAAUACGCCGCCGAAAUGGGUGCGGCAAAUAAUGUGGUAGUACAUCGAAAGAGAAGGAGAAAAAAUUUGGAUGACAGCAGCAGGUAUGUAGAAAAUGAAGGCAUUAAUGGAAUGAUGUCUGCGGGUACCGAUGGGCAUGUAUUCACGAAUGUUACAUCUGAGACCACUCACGUAGGAGUGACCCCUCCAAAUGACACUGCAAGUGUUGAAGCGAAGCAUAUCAGUAAUGGUCUUUCUGUGUCUCGUAAUGACUGCAACGGGGGGGUUAAGCCGGAUGGAGAUGGAAGUCAGGAGCAAGGCUCUCCUAAUAACUUCGGUGUUAACAGAUUUGAGAGAAUUAAUGCUCACAACACCGGUGGGGGACGUGCUGUCUACAUGGCCAGGAAUGGCUUCACCGGAGUAAGUAACUUCACGGGGGGUUCCCCUUCCAUGGAGAAUGGAAACUGCAAAUCGGAGGAGAGACACUCAAAAAACUGCGAAAGGUAUAAUGCACAGAGUAACAACGAGUAUGAAACUUACAACGAAGAUGCCACCGGACAAAAUGACUACAACGGAGCAGCUGAGGGAAUGGUAGGUACCAAUCUGGACCAGGCAGACGACGGGAGAAAUGGCAUGAACAACUCCUCCCUCCAAUCAAACAUAUGUGUCAAAAGAGCACAAGCACCCUCAUUUGUACAUCCACGAGGAGGCAUUAAAAUGAAGGGCCAUCGGCAUAAGAGAAGAGGAAGAGCAUUCCAUAGGCUCCAUGCAAAUAUGAACAUCAUAAAAGGAAUAAAGAAAAAUAGCGAAUCGAAGUUUCGACAUUCAACAGAUGGAGCUAUACCCCAUUCGCAAAAUUUGGAGAAGAAAGACUUUUGCACGAAUGAGCAGAAUAUGGAUCAUGUAGUGCAUGACAACGUAAGGAGUUCGCCGGGAUCUCACCUGCAUGAGCACAGUAAUGCCAAGGAGGACUAUGCAGACAGCAACGACAAUGAUUACAUGAAUAACGACAACACCUCGCAUAACUACGGGGCCCGGUUCAAUGAGGAUUUCUUCCACGCGGAGGACGCCGGUGCGGAGAAGAAGAAGCGGAAAAAGCGAGUUACCGAGGAAGGCUCCAAGGAGAGCAGCAAAAUCAACGUAGGGAAUAACUACCAAGUGCCCAAGCUGCCGAACUUCUUUCUCUGCCGCUCAGAACUAAUGUACAGAAACUACGAAGCGGCGGAGGAAACAAAUAACGAUGAAGUUUGCCUGACAUGUUCAGGCCUGCCUUGCCAUUGCCGAGUAGGAGAAGCGACGUUAGUAUAUUCACCAUUAAUGUUAGAAAGGGUACGAGAGAAAUGUAUGAAAAACAGAGGCUAUCAUAAAUGCAUAAAAAACGAAAUCGAGUUAUCUGCCUAUGUUCAAGAGUGUGCAAAAAGCUGGAAGUCAAAUAUAGAAGACUGGGUCCCUUUCUCACCUGAGUAUGCAUAUAAAUUAUUGCAUUAUGCCAAUUACGAUCCGCAUAAAGCUAUCAGCAUUAUGAAGUCGUCGGAGUUUUCUUUUCGAAAAAUUAUGGAUCCUCCCACGAGGAAAUAUCAGAACAAAUGGAAGCCAAAGGAUAAGCGGGAGCAUAUUUCCAAGAACCCCUUCCCGUCUCCCCUAACCAUACGGACGUACCUCUCCAAGAGGCAUCAUAUCAGUGGCUACCACCUGAGAUGA